AUGUUACAAGAUUCUGUGUUCAUCAAGAAGUUAGCAGCCACGACUAAUAUUGGUAAAGAUGCUUGGAACAGACCUACACCCCAGCCAAUAAAUGUCUCUGUUGAGUUACGAACAGAUUUCCGUAAGGCAUCAAAGUCUGAUAAUUUGAAGUAUUCAUUGAAUUAUGCAGUUAUUUCAAGAAAUAUCCUGGAAUUCUUGAAGGCCCAUGAGCAUAAGAACUUCAAAUCUUUAGGUAACAUAGCUGAAGCAGUGAGUGCUGUUGUUCUUGAUGAGAAACGUGGUGGAGGACUGAAUGUGAAAGUUCUGGUUCAAAGUACCAAAUCUGAGAUCAGAGCUGAUAGUGUUAAAUAUAUUGCUUCCAGAUCAAAUGAUAAUGAGAUUGUUGAAAAUGAUGAGAUAGAAGUUAAUGGGUUGAAAUUGCUUACUAUUAUUGGUGUUUUCACCUUUGAAAGAUUACAAAGACAAAUUGUGGAUAUCGACUUAAAUUUACAAUUGGAAGGAUCCACUUCAACUUCAACACCUAUAAGUGAAAUUAUUGAAAAUGUUGUGUCCUACGUGGAACUGUCCAACUUUAAAACAGUGGAAGCUUUGGUAUUCAAAAUAGGUCAAUUGAUCUUUCAAUUUUAUGGUGAGAAGAUGUCUACUAUCAAUAUAAAAGUGACCAAACCAAACGCAAUCUCAUAUACAGAAGGAGUAGGUGUUUCUUCUACUAUGACUAGUGAAACGUUCAAAGAUUCUACACCAAUUGAGUUUACAACGGAAGGACAGAAUCAAACUCAAUUACAUGGCUGUUCAAUGUUUAACUUACCGACAGAUACCUCACCCAUUGAUAUUAGUAAGGAUCAUACAGCUUAUAUUGCCUUUGGAUCAAAUAAAGGUAACCAGGUUGAUAAUAUCAACAAGGCGAUUCUGUUACUUGAGUCUUUUGGUGUCAAGGUGUUGGCUACUUCAACCUUGUACAUAUCCAAGCCCAUGUAUUAUUUGAACCAACCAGACUUUUUAAAUGGUGUGUUAAAAGUUCAAUUUUUAAAUAAAAGUCCUCAUGAUUUACUUUCAAUUAUCAAAGAUAUUGAAUAUAAUCACAUCAAUAGAGUAAAAGAAUUCGACAACGGUCCAAGAUCAAUUGAUUUGGAUAUUUUACUCUAUGAUGAUAUUACCAUGAAUGAACCAGAUUUAUGUAUACCCCAUAAAUCUAUGCUUGAAAGAUCCUUUGUCUUACAACCACUUUGUGAAUUGGUUCCUCAUGAUUUAUUACACCCCAUUAGUGCUGAACCUUUGCAUAAUCAUUUGAGACAAGUGUUUCUGAAUCAACCUUCACAAUCAUUACAAGAGUCCAACCGUCUCUUACAAUAUGUUCACUUACCAAAUUAUACCACCGAUGAAAAUCCAUUGAAAUUUGAUCAUUUGCAUAACCAACACCCAACUGUGGUCAUGGGUGUGUUGAACAUAACUCCUGAUUCAUUCAGUGAUGGUGGUGACCACUAUAAUAAACCAAUAGAAGACAUUCUAGAAGCAGCUGAGAAUAUGAUUCAAGAUGGCGCUACCGUUUUGGACAUUGGUGGGGUUUCAACUAAACCUGGAAGUGAGCCACCUUCAACAGAAGAAGAAUUAGCUAGGAUUUUACCAGUGAUUAAAGCCAUAAGAUCAUCAUCUUCUAAAUCAGAAAAGUUAUCCAAAGUCAUUAUCUCCGUUGACACCUAUAGAGCUAAAGUAGCCGAGGAAUGCUUAUUAGCAGGUGCCAAUAUCAUUAAUGAUAUUUCCAUGGGGAUGUAUGAUGAUCAAAUGUUCUCAGUAGUGGCUAAAUAUGGUUGUCCUUAUGUUAUGAAUCAUACAAGAGGAUCUCCCAAGUCAAUGCUGUCACUCACAACCUAUGAAUCAAAUACAAAUGAUGAUAUUGUUGAAUUUUGUAUUGAUCCUGUCAAAGGAGAUAUGGAAUUAAGUUACCCACCAGAUGUCAGUAAUUUGCUUACUGGGAUUGGCCGGGAGCUUUCACUCCAGAUGUUAAAAGCUUUUGAAGCAGGUGUUCGUAAAUGGCAGAUCAUUGUUGACCCCGGGAUUGGAUUUGCUAAGAACCUUGAACAAAAUGUUCUCAUUAUAAGACAUGCUUCCCAUUUCAAAAAGUAUUCAGUAAUGGUUCGUCAUCAAGAUGAGCAUCUGUGGAAAUUAACUCAAUCAUAUUUAAGUUUCAACGGGUUACCCAUGCUUUUAGGACCUUCAAGAAAGAAGUUUUUGGGUACUUUGGUUAAAGAACCUGCAGCUAGUCGUCGUGCUAUUCCAACGGCUGCUGCUAUUGUUGCUUGUGUCGAACAAAGAUCAGACAUUGUCCGUGUUCAUGAUGUUCAUACCGUCAAACAAGCCAUUAGUAUUGCAGAUGCCAUUUAUCGGGACGUCUAUAGUCAAUAA